AUGGAGGAAUCUUCGAAUCUCAUGUUGAAAGCGAGAGAGGUUCUUGCGACUCCAAGCCACAAAGGACUCGAGAAAAUCGUCGAACAACUCUCAAUGCGUCAAGACCCCAAAGAAUAUGAAACUGCGUUUGCUCUUUUCUGUUUCUGCGCUGAUAACUUCCCAAAUUGCUUAACCCUAAUGUUUCUCAAACUAUAUCGACAUUCUUCCAAUGGCGUCAUCAGAUUCUAUUCGCUUUAUCUCCUCUCCGAAACCCUCGUCGUUUUCAGAAAUCGUAACUGGGAACUCUCUCGCGUCGCUCUCCAUGAAAUCAAACCCCUUGUGAUUGAAUGUUUAACGAUGCAAGAAACCAAAGAAUCUGACAUGAAGUUCCUAGGAAGAAUCGUUUCUUUAAUAACCUACAAUGUUGUGAUUUGCGAUAAUGGUGGAUGGUACGAGCUCAGUGAUUGUAUCCUUUGGCUAGCGGAAAACGAACCUGUCAAGGCUUUUCAUGUCUUUAUCGAUUUGCCAUCAUUGUAUCAGAGUUUUAUCGACAAGUUUAUGAAGGUAAUUGUUGAGAAAGCUGAGAAGGUUUUGUUUAAUCCUGAGAAAGAUAGAGUUGACGAUUGGAGCUUGGCUUUAGAAACUGUUGUGAAAAUGGGGAUUCAGACUUUGGAUACAGAGAUGAGAGUUGAUUUGAUAAGGAUUCUUCUGAACAUUCUUGUGAACUCAGUGAAGAUGCUAGUGCAAAAGGGAAUGGAACAGUUUUUGGUACAAGGGCUUAAACAUCUCGAGAAGUUCGUGUUGCGAGAUAAGAAUCUAUAUAAUUACACUAAGGUACAACGUCAUUUUGUGAUGACUUUCAUGUUCAAGAUCAAAGAUUUCGUAAUAGAGAGCAAGGAGAUUGUAAGGAAGAUCACUCGGUUGGUUAAAACACAGGACAAAGCUGUGAGCAAACCUGUCGUGAAACCUCAGGAAACGAAAGAUGAUGGAGCAGAAUAUGUUCGUGGCUUGUGUGACCAUUUGAAGACUUUGUCAUCAGUUGAUAUCUUGAAAAUCUUUGUGUCAAAUGUUGUUGAAGAUAGGUCCAGAGAGAUAGCAAUCAGACGGCUUGAAGUUGUACUCUCUGAUCACACUUCAAAGAAAGUGGAAAUAAAAUUGUCAGAGAUGAGAGAACUCCAGGCAUUGCUCAUCUCUUGCCUUAAGCAAGAAAGAAUCUCUGACAGUAUGUUCAAAGUCCUUGGUAAGGUGGUGAACCACGUUGUGUAUGAGAUGUCCAAACACCAAGAUGUCGCAUGGGAUGGUCUACGCGAUUAUAUUGCAUCACAAAGCAAAACAAAGUUUCAGAGAGCGGUUUAUAUCUUCCAGUGCUUAACAACGCCGCUUGGAGAUGACGAGUUUGUGAUUCAUGUGAUGGAGAAUCUUCUCCCAGAGAUAAGUAUAAGGCUAAACCCACCAAGAGACUUGUUGGUAGAUAACAGUUGCUGGGUUUUGGCGUUUACUGGUGCAUUCUGUGCGACCAUACACUUGAUAGAAAUCCCAAGCCAAGCUGAAUCCGUGAAGGAGAUUGCAAAGAAGAUGAUAGAUUCUGUGAGAGAGCUUGUGGAAAGAGGAAUGGAAGUUGGGCUUGUGAGGAGAGCUUUCAGAGAUCUUGAAGACAUUGUCAAGAAACAAAUGGAAUGGUACGAAACGAUCGAGUACAAAUUCGUUAAGGGUCUGCUAUGGGAACUCCAUGCAAUCAAAGGCAUGAAAUGGGAAAGUAAGAUCGUGUUGUGGAGAAUCAAUGUGAUUGUGGAGAGAGGAGUGAAUGAGAAGGUUAAAGACCUCCCAAAGGAUAAGUUUGAUUGGCUGAACCUACCUGAGGCUGAGGGAUUUGAACAGUCUGAAAAUCUGCUUGCAGACUAUGGUUUUUGAUACAUAGUUUGCAGUUGUAUAAAGUAUUAACGUUGUAUAGAAAAACAAUU